GCCCUAAUCCUCAUUCAACUCGCUGGGCGUGUGCAGCGAUGAGUGGGAGGAAACCCAAUGCGCUCGAGCAGAAGCUGCAUCAAGCCGCGCUUGCUGAUGCAAAGAAGACCCUCACGCAGAAAGAAUGCGAGGCACUUAUCCCCGAUGCGUCGGCGCGGAUGGCCGCAAUCAACUUCCUUUUGGGCACGGGGUUGCUCAAGGCCAUGAAGGACACUAAGGGCGUUGUGUCGUUCCGCGCUGUUCUGAAAAAGGAGCUGGACGUGAAGAAGGAUAUGAGCGGCGAGGAGAACAUGGUCCUGAGCCACAUCCAAGCGUCGGGAAAUGAGGGCAUCUGGACAAAACACCUCAAAGCAAAAACGGAGCUUCACCAGACAGUCAUCGACCGCUGCCUCAAGUCUCUUGUUCAGAAGCAGCUAAUCAAGGCGGUGAAGUCCGUGAAGUAUCCUACACGGAAGAUCUACAUGCUCUUCCAUUUGGACCCAUCGGUAGAGAUGACAGGCGGUCCUUGGUACACGGACAAUGAACUAGACACCGAGUUCAUCAAGUUGCUCUGUAGUGCAUGCCUCCGUUUCAUCCGAGAGAAAAGUCUACCCAAGUCUAAAUCGACCUCAGAAGACUCGUCAUCUCGCACACAGCCUCUCUACCCCAUCUCCGCUGCCCCGCCGUACCCAACGGCACAGCAGAUCCUCGCAUUUCUUAGCAAGAGCCGUAUCACGGAGACGCAGCUGAAUGUGGAGCACGUUGAGAUGUUGCUCAAUGUCCUCGUGCUCGACGGUGAGAUAGAGAAGGUUCCAGCGUUCGCCGCGUCACUAUGGGACUCGAGUAUGAAUGCCGGGGACGACCGAGAUGGCAGUGAUAGUGAGGACGAGAGCGAAGCGGAGAGAAAGAGGCGCAAAAGAAAAGGCAAGGAGAAGGAUAGCGGCUCGCGCAGUCUGAAGCGGAAACGGAGCAAGAAGAGCCGCUCCGACUCGGAGUCUGACUCCGACUCUGAGGAAGAAGCAGAGAGGUACAAGGCCAAGAAGCGACGCCGGAAGGCUCAAGACAGCGACAGCGACGAGGAUAUGGAUCGUGAUCGCAAGCGCAAACGGAAGAAGCGCAGGCACGAUGACGAGAGCGACGAGAGCGGCUCCGACGACUCUGACAGUGGAAAAAAUGAGCGGAAAAAAAGCAAAAGCAAGAGUAAGAGUAGGAAUCGAAAGCGCAAACAUGAUUCCUCCGAGAGCGAAAGCGAGUCUCUCUCGGAGACGGCUUCGAGUGGCUCUGAAGACGGUUCGUCUUGGCGGUCGAAGUCAAAGUCCAAGUCCAAGUCAAAGUCGUCAUCGAAGUCGUCGCGAGCAAAGCGAUCCUCCUCACCAGCGAUGGAUGCCUCCGGAGGUAUCGACAUUUCGGACAGCUUCGGCGGUGCGUACGUAUAUCGGGCCAUUAAGCAGGAACGGGUAGCAUUGGGCCUCUCGCAGGCACCGUGCACGCGCUGCCCGACGUUUGAUUUCUGCAAAAGUGGAGGCCCGGUGGAUUCGCAAGAGUGUGUAUACUAUGGGGACUGGUUGGCUAUGGCAAACGUUGCUAGGGAGUAGAUGUGUCGGGCUAAACCAAUAUUUGUGUGGUAGU